AAGAAAAACAAGGAAGGCCAGUUGCCUCUUGAAAAAGCACCUUUGGGACAACCAUGACUUGGAUGACUGAGAAUCUCCAUAGACAUUUACUUCUCAGAUCUUAUUGCAGAUAGGAUAGGAUAUUCAUUUAUCCUUGAGAUAAAAGAAUUGCAAAGCAGGUAGAAAAGUAAUGAUAGACAGACAGACAGACAGAUCGUUAGCUCAAGAGUAGAUAAUGGGUUAUGUCACUACAUAUUAUAUAAUGUUUAGUUCCAGAUCUAGUUUCUGCAAACCAUAUUACAAAGUACAGAUAUGACUAAUAGUUUUAAAUAAAAAAUGCACAUUUUUCCAUGCAGCACUGAAAUAGCCUGUUUUAUUAUUAUUCAUUUGGUGGAAACUCAUGCAAGCAUUGUAGAAGGCAGGCAUAUAAGGUAUGAAGUGUGCAAGAAGAGAAAUAAAUUCUGACUUGGUUUUGACAAGAAAAUCAUGCUGUCAUUUCAAAGCUCACUUAUUUCACUUCAGAAGUAGAAUGGCUACACAAAUCUACUUAAUUCCAUAUUUUAAAGUUUGAUUUGACCACCUGAGCCCUAAUCCAUAAAAUUCAAUCCUAAACACAGCCUGUAUCAAGUGUGAAUGUCCCAGAAGCAUUUUAAUGGUGUGGAAAAGUCAGUAUCAGACAACACACAUUUUUUCUUAUAUUCAAUUCAUCUCACUUUACUGAUUUAUUUAUAUUUAGACAAACAGAUUAUAAGUACUUCCCUACAAUUUGUACCAUGACAGCAGUUCCAAGUUCCAGACUUGCUGUUAGGCAAGAUAUGACAAUGACUCAGGAAGCAGAUACUGGCAAGAGGAAGUCGGGCAGCAGAGGUGAAAAAGGAGUAUGCGGUAUUCAAUUGUGAGGCUAGGUUUCCAUGGAACAAGUAGAGAAACUCUAAAGGUGCUUCUUCAGGCAUCCUUUGGUAAUUUGAACACCCUUGCUGAUGUUUCUGAAGAGGUGGUCCAAGGACGUGGGACAAAAGAGCUGAUCAUCACUACUUCCUAUGUGAAGCUUUUGAAUCACAUCCUGAAACGUGUUACAUACACUAGUACAAAAUACCUACUAGAUGUAGUGGACAUGAUGAACUUUACAGAGGGAACUUAUCUUGUUAGAUUUCCUGUGACCAUUCAACAAUUCCACCUUCCUAAACUAGUUGACUCAGGGCCAGAUAACAGCAUUAGAAACAUGGCAACCAUCACAGUAGUAAAAGCAUUUUUAUGUUACCAACUGCAGAUCCUCCUGAAAAGCAUAAAACAAUACUAUCCAGAUAUAACAAUAAUUGUGGCAGAUGACAGUGAACACCCAGAGAAGAUUGAAGAGGCAAAUGUUCAGCAUUACAUUAUGCCUUUUGGAAAGGUUGGAGGCAGUGUGGAUGGAAAUGAAUAUAAAUUUAAGAUUUUCUAUGAGGAAGGAGAAGAUAGCAGCUGCUUGCACCUCAGAAGUGGCUUUUAUCAUCACUUGGAAGGCUUUCCCAACUGUGUUGUGACUAGCAGUGUAGUCAAUUUCUUCCUGGCUCACACAGAGGAAAGCAGGCAUGUUGGAUUUGAUCCUAAACUUCAGAGGGUGGCUCAUUUAGAAUAUUUUAUGGAUGGGCUUGGAAGCUUGCAGAUUGGCUCCUGCAAUGAUGUUAUCAUUGGUCACCAGUCACACUUAAUUUACACCAACAUACAAGAAGCUAAUGUUGAAAAAUUGUAUAGACAAUUUCGGAAUAACUGUGAGAAAGAAAUUAGGUUUAAAUUGUCGUUACAUUACUUUAAGAACAGAAUGAAAUGUUAUUCAAAAGACUGAUUGAUUCUUCCAAAUCUGAAUAGUUUUGGAAUAGAUUCAGCAACUUUAAUUGUUUUAGGUAUUGUAUUUUUUCUCUUGACAAUUCAAUGUUUUACAGAUUUCAUCAAAAAUGACUAUUUUUAAUGUACUUUAUGAAUCUUCUUUAUUAUGGAAGUUCUAAUAGAAGAAUUCUCUUUUCUUCCAGAUCUUUAUAUAUAUUUAACAAUAAAUAUGUAAAUUUUUGUGACAACUAUAGUUUGUUCUAUUUACUUUUUAAAUAGUUUUAAAUAGUUUUUCAAAUUAUUCCUCCAAAUCUGCAGGUGCCUCAUUUGUAUAUGGAGAAUUAAAAUGGCUUUUGUCCUUUUCUUUUAAGAUGAACAUGUCACUAUCUAGGAAUUUCUUAGGCCGCUAUUGUUUACUUGUGAAUUCACACUAUAAAUUGAACAGUCUAAUUGGAGAUGUACAUUCUACCAUUUGUUUUCCAGUGCUUUGUCUAACGUUGCUUGCAAUUUCUAGCUAAGAGGAUAUUAGAGAUGCCUUGUACAAUGUGUUAAAUGCCCCUCUGGAAAAGAGCAGAAUACCUCAGUGUUUAAAGGAUGUGGUUAUUAAAUUGCUUCUAAAUUGGUCUGCACUGAAUCCCCUGGAGAUUGGCAAUUAAAGGCCACUUUCUAACUUUCCAUGACCAGAUAAAAGGAAGUCUUUUUGUUCCGUUUCAAAAUGACUUCAGAGUGGAUUGUGGGGUUGAAACUGUCUUAGUUAAUCUCUUUUGGGGAGGAGUUGAAAAGCCAGUCUCUUGCUUGACUUAGACAAACCAUGCUUUUUAUUCCUGAUAUUAACUAUAGAUAUUAACUGUUUUAUUUAUAUUUUGGGCAUUACGGAAUCAGCAAUAUUUAGCAGUUUACAGUAAGUUAAAAAUUUGACAAAUAUUAAUAGUUUGGUGCAGUGAUUAAAAUAUUGAAUGGUGGAAUCCAGAGCUGAGUUGAGGGGAGGAGUCAAGAGAUUGCCAGUCUUGCGUUGCUGAUGUGAAGGAAGUGGCUAAAAUAUCUUCCCUAAAACUUCAGUGUACAGAUAAUCCUUGACUUACAUAACUGAGCCCAAAGUUUUUAUUGCUAAGCAAGACAAUUGUUGAGUUUUGUCCCAUUUUAGGUAUAAGCCAAAUUGUUGUAAACCAUGAUUGGAUAUAAACUGGCUAAUACUGAAACAGCCUUGGUUAAACAUUAUCAUUUCAUGCAAAUUCCAGACCUUUCUGUCUUGGAAAUUGAGAAGGAAAGGGGGGACUGAAGUUUGUUGCCAGAUUCCAUAUAAUAUGAAGCUCAGCAUUGGAUUAAGUUCCGUCUGGUUUGCUGUUCUUGUAUUUGUACAAAAAUUUUUUAAGAAAAGUUGUUCAAAACAAAUAACCUAAAAGCAACGGGUGGAAACUAUUUCCCCUCCCCUCCCCUCCCUCCAAUGAGGUCCAGCUUUUUGCUCAUCAAGUUAGGAUAUGCUUCCUAUUCCUAGGCAAGUUAUAUAUAUAAUGAGAAUAUUUAUUUUCCAUCUUUUGCUCUGUGGUUUCUCCUUCAUUUGAUUUUUUUGGGUUCAUUUUUGCCAGUCCCCCUGCAAGAAUUUGUCAUAUGCAUUCUUCAAAAAGCACCAUACUAUUAUCCCACCUAAACUAACAAAAGUCUUGUUGCAACCUAAAAGAUGUUCACAUUAUGUGAUAAAAGCCUGUCAAUGUGUCAAAUUCAUUUGAAGUGGACUGAUACAAUAUAUUAUAGUAGCUAAAAACAGAGCUAUGAGCAGUCUCAUUUCAAUCUCGUCAUUCAUAAAUGUUUUAGAUGCCUUAAUUGGAGAAAUUGCCUUUUCUGUCUACAACAUUAUUUCUUAAAAUAUGGUCCAAGAACUGAAGGUGACUACCAAACUGAGGUAUUUGCUGCCGCUACUGCAUCUUAUUAUUGCUUCAUGGGAUUUUUAAUAUAUAAUUUCUCAACAUAGGCUGAAAAACUUUGAGUCUCUCAGAAUCAUGAUGCAGUAGCAACAAAUACAUCAAUUUUAUUUUAAUACAAUAAAUGUUAAUAUUAAUUAAUGUUAAUGUAACCCCUAUAAACAAAAGAUCUUUUGAAGUCCUCCAUAAUUUUUAAAUGUGUGAAGGAAUCUUGAAAGAAAAAAGUUGAAGAAACACUGGUCUGCAGCAUGAAAGAUAAUCAGACUGACUUACCUUUCAGGGCUGAAGUAGAAUAUAUCUAGAUAAUGCAUGUGAAGUACUUCUGAAUAUUUAAAGUAAUUUACCAACAAUGAACGGCACAAUCCUACUGUCACUAAUCGUACUUUAUCAGUACGAUUUGCUUUUUGAAUUUCAUUUUACUUUUGUAAAGCCAGUCUUGGACUUCAAUCUUCAUUAUCUCAAGUUGUUCUAGGAUAGUAAUGAAUAACCUGCCCCAUUCUGGAUGUCCUUCAUUAUGGGUCAUAUUUAAGACUUCUGUGACUUGUAGUUUAGCAGUAGCCAAUAACCAGAAUGGCUUAUUCCUGAGUGAAGAAAAUUUUCAUAAGGAUUUGCUUACUCUUGUUUAAGAAUUCCUUGAGACUUUUCACUAGGAACUCCCCUAUAUAGGGAGUUAACUGUGCAAUUCUCCAUCUUCUAUAGCUUGCUCCAUUUCAAAAUUUCUGGUAGCUGUUAUUCUCUCAAAUCUGAUUUCCUUUCUUGAAAUUUUCUCUCUACUCUAAAGCUAACUUUCAGGAAACAUUUUUUAAUGAUCUUUAGAAGAUUGUCAUUAUGUAACCUUCUCCCCCAAUAUAUCUCAGCUCUUGUAAAAAAGAAUAAAUCAUGGAAAUAUGUGAUAAACAAUGGGUCCAAAUUACCUUCCCUUUAUACACAUACACUAAGAAAAUUAUUCCCAAUAAUUGAAUUCUCUUGGCCCCACCAACAAAUUUAUAGAAUGUUCUUGCCCCAUUAAUCUGCAUUUUUUAAUUUUUUUAAAUUCUUUAAAAUUAAAAAAUAAAAUAAAAAUAAAGCAGGCUCUUUCCCAACUUUAAGUUAAAUACCCACCCUCCCAAAUUCUGCAAAUGUAACUACAAUAAGCACUAGGAGUCUUAAGAGAAAGAUGAAAGCCACAAGUCUCUUCUGUUCCUGAAAAGACUGCUGCUCAAUGUACAUAAUGGCUGUCUUUUGGAUUGAACUAAGUUAUGCAUGGAGUAGCAACAUGCAGAAAUUCUUCAUUCCCCCAGUGUUAUAUGCAUACUUAUUUUAUUUGCAAAUAUACAUAUAACACUGAGUUAAGAUGAUAAACUCAAAGACCAGGUUUUUCCAGAUUGCUGACUUCCAGAGCACCAAAUGUUAAUUCUCAUCAUAUUUAUAGUAGCAUCUUCUAACCUGGCAACCUCCUACUGUGUUGGUGUCAGAAUCCUGUGCUUUAUGAAUGACAAGUUAGUUAUGGAUUAUGUGAAAAAUGCAACACCAUUGAGGGAAACCAAAUUGGAAAAGGAAGGCAGUAGGGCCAUUAAGAGCCCCAAUAAUUAAGAAAACAAAUCAGGAUCAGAAAAUCCAAGGGUUUUGUAUUAUUAUUAUUUUAAAAAAAUGCCUUCAAACUACAAAUGGUCCUCAAUUUACAAUUAUUUGUUUAGUGGCCAAAGUUACAAUGAUACUAAAAAAAACUGACUUGAGACUGUUUUUCACAUGACCAUUGUAGCAUCCCCAAGGUCCUGUGAUCAGAAUAUGGACACUUGGCAACUGGCAUGUAUUUCUGAUGGCUGCAGGGUCCAGGGUAAUGUGAUUACCUUUUGCAACUUUUUGACAAGCAAAGUCAAUGGGGAGGCCAGAUUCAGUUAACCAUUGUAUUAUUAACUUAACUACAAUGAUUCCCUUAAACUAUGCAAAAAAGGUCAUAAAAUGGCACAAAACUCACUUAACAAUUAUGUUGCUUAGCAAUGGAAAUUUUGGGCUCAAUUGUGGUCAUAAAUCGAGGACUCCCUGUACUGUCCUCGUUACUAUGUGCUAUGUUGCUCCACUAAUGGAAACAUUAUGAAUCUACAAUCCUUCUAUCUGUAUGUUCUUUGCAUUCUUUCCUGAUUCACAAGUUCAAGUGCAUUGGGGAAGGAGUGUGUGCGUGAAGUAUAAUUUUUACAUGUUAAAGAGAAGGUCCUGCCCAACUACCCACCUAAAAAUUAUAGGAUGGAUUUGGAUUCUGGAAAUUUUGUAGCUUUUGAGAAACAAAUCUGAGGGUUGGUAAGAUUGAAGAACUACAAUUCAAGAGAUCUCUGUUCUGAAUUUCCUUUUCAAUCAUCUUCAUGGUGUCUUCAGUAAGUCACUCUUCUCUUACUUUCAGUUUGGCUAACCACCCACUCACAACAUGGAUUUUAAUAAUACUUAAUUACCUAAAUAAAAUGUGGAAAUAAUUACUCAUGGAAAACAGAGAGCAAAUGGAUUUUUUCCUCCUUUUAUUUAAAAAAAAAUGAAACAGUGGAGUAAAGCAGUUUGUGGCAGUAAACAAGCUGGAAGAAAAAUGGAGCCAGUAUCCAUCAGUAAUCACAACUUUGAAUCUGAGCCAACUAACCUGCCUCAUGCAAAAGACAAGGGGUCAAGGAACAGAGAUUAAAAAAAAAAAAGGAAAAGCAAGAUGAGAAAGUUUUUUUAAAAAUACCGUGGACCAAAAAGAGAAAAACAAUUACUCAAGAGUACAAUUUUCAGGCAUGAAUUCAUAACAGUUUCAGUUGGCUUAGAACAUAAGAUCUGACACAUUUCACAAAAUCAUUACAUGGAGUAAAAUUUCCUUUCCAAAUUCACACAAACUGUUUUUACACAAAGAUGAUUUAUCUAAUACAUUUGUAGCAAUAGAUUAUUCUAAUAGAAAAUAAGAUUCAAAAGUAGUGUUCCUCAAUCUCAGCCACUUUUAAGAUGCUACGGGGCUGGGAAAUUUUGGGAGUUAAAAGUUCAUGCUUCUUAAAGUAACUGAAGUUGAGAAACACUGUAACAAAAUAGUUUUACAUCAAUGGAAGAUGUGAGGUUUUUUUCCUCAUUAGCCACAAAUAUGUUUUAAAAGAUUACAGAAAUUCAUGGGAACAACCAUCCAUCAAGGAAACUCUAUUGAACCUCCAUCUUCUGAGGCACUGAACCAGAUGACAGCAAGCAAUAAGGAUUGGCAAAUUACCGACACAAUUUGCUGUCAGCUACUAGUUUGUUACGUGAAACAAAAUGCUAGCUUAGAUUAAUAGUAGCCUUGGUCACUCAUUUAAUAAAACAGCCCUUAUGAUUCCUUCUACUGUGUUCAUUAAUUUGAUAAACUGCCAAUAAAACUACUUUUUUAAAAAAAUGCAACAAGGUUGUUCAGCAUUAGAGAAGGAGGGUAUAAAAGAGUUACAAGUUACGCACUUGUGUGUCUAAGGCACAAUUUCAAUUAAACACUGAUGGUUGUGUAAGCUGGUCAGCACUUAUGCUAAGAACGUUGAAAGAAAAUGGUACACGAGUUCUGAUAUGAAUGAUUAGGAAAAAGAAGGAAGAAAUGUGUGUGUGUGUGUUUGUGUAUAUAUAUAUGAAGUCAUUAAAGGAGGGAAAGAAGGACUGAGGUGUUGGGGUUCUUACAAACUAACAACACUUCAAAAAUCAAGGUUGAUUAUCUGUUAACGGUGGUAAUGCAGCAUCAGUGGAACCCAAGCAAUUUUUCCUAGGUUUAUGUCAUUAACCUGUAAGGCAUGAGUUGUUUUUGACGGUGCUCACAGUAAGCAAACUGCUUUCCAGUCUAUUUGUUUUUGUCUUCCAAAUCAAUUCAAUAGACUGGAAAUGCUAAGGCUUUGGAAUAAGGAUUCCAGAUCCAAUAAACACAACAUCUAUCUGCAGAUCAGGUUUUCACAGAUCAACAAUCCACAACAUCAGGCAUGUAGACAGCAGUCCUGUUUGAUUGUAAGACAACUGUUGUUUUGUUGCAAGCUCCACAUGCAUCAGCCAUGCUUGGACAGCUUUUGGCUGUUUCCAUUGCUCACUGGAUUAGGGCAAAUAACUCAUCCAUUGAUUCCAAGGCAGGAACCCCAAUGCGGGUAUCUACUGAGCUGACUAAGCUGCGCUGGAGAGUGUUGGCUUUGUUAGACAUAUGGCCAGGACACUAUCUCCUUACCAGCAAUGUAGAAACCAGACCUCUUGCCCAUAAUUCCAUAGCCCUCUGUAUCUUAUCAAGACUGCUUUAGAAUGCAAAGAGAGCCCUUAGUUCUAUUAAAAAAAAAACACUUUUAAGCAGAACGAUUAUUUGGGGGAGGGGGGAUUUUUCUCCCUAGACUACAUAGUAUGUUGUAUUAUCACUACCUAAUUAUUUAUUUAAAUCUAUAGGUGCUAAGAGGUAGAUAAAACAAACAUGAAUUGGUUAUAUUCAUAUCAUAUGUUAUGUAUAUAUGGUCAUCAUGCCCUUAGGCUGACAUGAAGUGCAGCUCAACAGGCACUUAACAGGGUACCAAUGAGAGGUUGGGAGGCCUGACUUAUGAUUUAGGGGCACCCAACCUGAACUAAACCAGGAGAUAUAAUCUCUGGCUCACGAUUAACAUGUAAUGCAUGGAAUGGCUGUGAUUAAUAAGAGAGUGAAGGACAUGGCUUGAAUUCCUAUUGCUGAAAAAAUAUGUAACAGGCAGUAUGUUAAAAAACAGAAGCGAACUUCUACAUAUGGUAGAAUUCUUCUUUAUGCUCACCUUUUCAAGUAAAAAUUAGAAUCUGAGUUGAUUCCAAGCUGGGUCCAAAUAGCCUGAGCUGCUAUGCAUAAAGCAGAAAUAUUAAAUCAGUGGUAGUUACACUGAAUCUAACUUAAAUCCUAACAAUUUCAGUGGACUUACUAAGUCUGGAUCUAACUCUCUGGUUCAUGCUACAAGGAUUAAAUUUGUAUAGAUAUCAGAGAUUUUAAUUAUACUUCCUUUGGGAAAUCAAUAUCCAAAAUACACACCUUGCAAAAUUUGCCCAUUACAUUACCCUUGGAAGGCAAAUAACAGCUAAAGAAAAACAGAUUUUUCAUUAAUAAAUGCCUAUAGUCUUUUGAGGUUUAUGUAGAGACAUGUUUUCCCCUUCUUCUUCUUCUUAGAAGGAAAUCUAAUGUUUGCUAAUGCUAUCAAUCAGAAAUUUCAUUAAAAGCUCAAAAUAAAUUGAGCUGAAAGUUAUUUAAUUUCAUGGAAAGAAUGUCCUUUUCUUUUUUUUUCUUUUAAAUUGAACAAUCAGAAAAGCCUGCUUCAGUUAGGGCAGGGGUGUCAAACUCGCAAUGUCAUGUGACGUGUUGUGACAUAUCGUAACUAUUUUUCCAUUGUUGGCAAUGGGAUGGGUGCGGUUUCGCCAUGACGCAUCCAGCCCAAGGGCCGGCAGUUCGACACCCCUGAGUUAAGGGGUCAGUACCUUCUCCAUCCAACACACUCCCUUUAGCAACUGCUUAACUGAACAAUCACAGCCACUCCAUAUUAUAAAUGUCACCACAGGGAACAGGGAAAAUUGCUAAACAUAUAAACUUUUGCAGGAAAGCCAACCCCAUUGUCUCCCAAGGAAAAGGCUUUAAACAAACAAACAAAAACACAACGCCUAAAGCGGUUGCCCUGUUGUGCCUGUAUACCAACCACCAAGUUGGAGAGGUAUUUUAUCUUUGAAAAAGUCAAAGUUUAAAAAUAAGAUCCUAUAAUAAAGCAUCAGGAUUCACAUCGAUGUUAAAUUAAAUGUGGGAAUAGAUACUUUUAGAGAGUGGGUUGGUUUUUAGAAAGCUGUACAAAAAGAUAGCAAUUUAUAGCCUGCGAAUGUAACCACUUCAUAGGCCAGACAUUAUAAAUUACUAGCUUUGUAUAUGGUUCAAACACAUACUUUGGCCGUGUCUGCACAUUGCACUAAGGCAUAAUGUUACUUGUUUCAAUUUGAUAUAUUAUGAUGUGUGAAACCAAGCAUUAUAGUUGUUAACUGAUUUAUGGCUUAGUAUUAUCUAAGAAAUAAAAUAGCAUAGCUUGUACAACAAGCUAGCAUGAAGCAUAACAUGAAGUUCAGCAACUGAUAGAAAUGAUUGGUAGCCAUCUCUUGGCUACAUACAGCAUGACUUCUCCUUCUACUUACCUCACAGCCAUGCUAAUUCAGAAGUGCAGCAGCCAUGAAACAAUUCCUGGAUUCAUCAGAUAUACAGAUAGAAAUGUUUUGCUUCUAUGGAUCAUCUUGUUUGGAAACUAUCUUAGUAAACUCCAAUAUGCCUUCACAUACAAUUCUUUUGGGGUGUACAGGAUUUGUGCCUUGGUGGAAAAGAUGCACCAGCACUGUUCCUAAGUCUUUUUCAAAUGUCACCUUCCUGAAAAUGCAAAUCUAAUGUUUUUGGCUGCUCUGAGAGUUGCUCCUGCAAAUCAGGAGUAUUUGCUUAUUAUCUCCAGGUUGGGGUAGCAAAACCCUAUUGAGGGUCUUCCUAAGUAAGACUGGCAAGAUGAUACAAAAGCAUCAGAAUUAUUAAUGAGACCCCCAGCCAGCAUAAACACUACUGAAUUAGAUCUUUUUGUAGCUCUCAUAAAUUACAACUAGUCUUGCACAGAAAAGUAUUCCUCUGAAAAUAAUACUUUCAGUAUCACAUGCAAUAAUCAUAGAACUUGACAAGAAAUUUUGCAGAAUUUCUUUAGAAAAUCUAUAGAUUCAUCCAUUUGUAAAUCCAAUUCUCUCCAUUUUACAGCUCUCUGCCCAUUUCUAUCAUUGAUAAAAAUAAAACUUUUUAUCCUCCUUCUGUUUAUUACUAUUAUACUUCUCUGUUUGGGUAUGGCAGUCAGCAAUUAACUGAUUUCUUUUGAAAUUCUUACUGAAGUAUAUUAGUAUUGGGGGAGUGGCUAUCUUUGAGUAUAUAAUGGCAAAAAGUUGUCUACCAUUGUGUACUAAGGAAAUUGAGGAGAGUUUUAAAAUUUGAGUAUUAACUUAUCUGUAGAUCUUGAAAUUUCAGAUGAUACUUCAAGGAAAAAAACUGAGCAACACAGGAACCUUGCAAAUAAAAUAGACAGUGCUUGCUGCUAAUUGCAUAUAACAAUAUGAACACUCAACUGAGUCGAACACAAUUGGAGGAAAUGUAAAAUUAAUAUUGGAGGAAAUGUAAAAUUAAUAUUUUAAGAAACUGGAUGCACAGGGAAUGAGAAAGAUAGAACCUUGUCCAAAACCAUGGAGUUACUGUCAACAAUUCAAAAGAUACCAAUAGCAUCCCUGAAGAAUUAAAAUGGUCAGACCAUGCAGCAAAGUUAAGUCCUUACCCACCUCACAAACUAUCAUUAUAUUCUUCCUUGUGCAUCACUGAAGAACUAAAAAUUGCAACUGAGUUUUUACAUUUCACUAUUAUUUUGGAAAUAUGAGAUAUACAUCUCUUUUUUAAAAAAAAUCUCAUGUCAUUUCCCCUAUCAGUUUAGAUGUAUCUUCCUCCAAACAGAUUGAUCCAGUUUCUUUUUUGUUGCUUUGGAUAUAGUUCCUAAGAUUUUAGUUUUAAUUUUAAAGCAACUAAUGUGAAGAUUUUUGUCCAUGUUAGUCUCUUUGGAAAGUCUAACUGUGGAAUAACUUGAAAUUUUUUCAGAAGGCAUAAUUUAACAUCCAUUCACAUACAUUGAAUCUUGGAUUCCAAAAACACUGCACCUAUUAAAAUAUAUUCUGGAUUUGGUUCCAAGUCAACUGAAAUGAAGUGCAAUCAAAACACAGUUCCAAAUAUGAUUAUUCUUCUUAUAUAUAACAUUCCAAGUUUAGAAAUUUUAAAAUUUCUAAGCCUCCUGAGACAGCCUAUGUAAAUACAUGUUCUUAAACAUGCAUACAUUAGCAUAGAAGGUCCAAUAAUAUUAGGUCAUUUGUGUCACACAGCUCUCUCACCUGCCCUCACACAAUCCCUUGAAGCUUAUCCUCCGGAGACUUUCUGCCUUUCCACUGUCUCGCUCCUCCUUUCUCCUUCAAUUACAGUAAGCCUUUUGAGGAAAGAAAAUCAAUUUCGUGAAAUCCUGGGUAGAGAGUCCUUAUUAGUUCGUUGCAACUCAAAAGUGAUUUUUGAAAGGCCUUUUCCACAUUGCCAUAUGCUACGUUCUUAGUGGCUAAAAUGAUUUAAUGCUUCCAGACAGGAGGUUAGGAUGGAGUAGCUCUUCCAAGACACAAACCAACAACGUGAUCUAUGAUGGGAUAUUAGGUACAUAGCAAUGCCUUGAAAUAAUUUUCUUAAUAGGUUGCUCCCCAGAUGUGUAGAAUUUCAAUCUCUACAAUCCCCAGCCAGCAGAUAUGUUGCCUGAGGGAUUAUGGACAUUAAUCCAACAUAUCUGCUACAGAUGAUCAGAACAAUAAGUCCAAUUAAACCCAACUCACAAUGUUGUCUUUCUAGAUUUUUCUGAUGGACAAGUUGAAACCCUCCAACUAUUCAGAUUAAGAUCACAGAGAUAGCUGAGGUACUGAUGUAAUUAAGAUUUGUUUUCUCUGUUUUUAAGGAUUCAAUUUUAUUGGCUUGUCAAGUAAUCUUUUACAAAAAGAUGAUUUGAUACAGAUUUUCUCUGAGCCACUUUCAGACUAUGUUAGAGGAAAAGGCUGUCUUCCAAAUCAUCAGAUUCUUUAACACUAAAAUUUAAAACGAUAUCCUUGUUUUUUUAUAUGCUAUCUGAUAAGUCUUUUUUGGAGGGCGCUUACCGUUGAUAUAGCAAUAGCAAUAGCACUUAGACUUAUACACCGCUUCACGGUGCUUUACAGCCCUCUCUAAGCAGUUUACAGAGUUUACAGAAUCAGCAUGUUGCCCCAACAAUCUGGGUCCUCAUUUUA